AUGAUUUGGGAUGCCAGCGAUGCGAAUCCCAUGCACCGGCGCCUUCCCGCCGAGGUGGUGUCACGGCGGAGGGCUGACAAGAAGCCGAAAGCAGCCGAGACGACCACGGACGAGGUGGUGGUCGACCUGAAAACGGCGAUCACCCUGAAGCCAGAGGCCAGGACCAAAUGGCUUAGCAAGGCUUGUGCAAUGGUGGAGCAGGGCAAGGUCAAGCCAACCGAUCUUUAUGACAUCGUCACAAACCGCAAGUUCUCUGGAGGCUUGCCGGACCGGGUUGGCCGCAAGUUGGCCGGCAUCCUCCGAGACAGCUUCUCAAUUUUCUCCGACAAGCAGCAGCGGUACCUCAACUCCACCGAAAGCCCCGUCCCAAUGCACCUCGCCGCGCAAGAGGAUGAGGAGGCAGAGGAGGAGGAGGCGCCGAGACCGAAGAAGAAGGUCCCUCGAGAGGAAGCGCCUGUGACGGCCACAAUACCAGAGAUCACGCUGAAAGAGGUUGAGAAGGUCCCCAAAAAAGAAAAGCAGCUGCCACCUGGGCCGGUGGUGGAGGCUCCUAAGCCGCCACCAGUGGAGAACCGCGAGGAUGAGGCGAAGCGCCGCAAAUUGGAGGAGGAGGCUGACAACAUCCUCGGAGCUCUUGUUCCGGGCUUGGCUGAUGCAGCUCCACCCAUCUUCUCCAAGGCAGAUGCCAAUCGCCGGCGUUCAGUCUCGCGCUCGCGGUCCAUCUCCUCGCGCACGGCCAGGAG